CCGCCUCCAAUUCCUUGUCAUGUCUUACUAUUUGAAAUAGGUAUCAAUUCGAUUUGUAUCUUAAGAAAGUCUCAAGUAAAUGCCAUUACAGAAACAGCGAAAAGACAAGAAAAUGGGCCUUUUCAAACACAAAGACAAGGCGAAGUUGGAUGUGCCAUCCACGUCUGAGCCUCCAACUUCUUCGAACAACCCAACCAGAAACUCGAACCAAUCGAGUACGGAUCAGAGUUACAAUGAUUCGGCAUAUUAUUCAAACAGCAAUGCCUCUAGUGCCGAUUCAAGACCUAAGCAACAAUCCCCUAUUCAGAAUCACCAGAAUCAAGGACAAGCUCCAGGAACGACGAUAACAACCACAACUACCACCACUACUAGUAAGUCAAAUAGUAAUCUUCAAACUGGCCUAGACUAACAGUCUUUUGACAGCAACGACAACGGUUGCACCAGAUGGCACAACCCACACAUCUUCGCAUCCACACAACCCGCAGACAGACCCCCCAACACAAUCAACCGAGAUGACAAUGAACAAUGCAAGUCAAAAUGCACUACCUAAGCCACCCCAAAAUGAAGAAAAUACUCCAAAUCCAGUGCAUUACCAGCAAAGCCAUAGUAAUGUACAACCACCACAGCUUUAUUCGCAGAACCUGUCUCCACAGCAAGCCCAAAAUCCGGCACAUGAGGGAGUGGCUUCACCUCUCCAUCAACGGAACCAACAACGCCAGUCUCAAGAUCUGAGCCGUAAUUCUUCUCUCAGACGGAACUCAAAUCCAGUACUUCACCAGCAAGGGUAUAGUAACGUACAACCACAGCCCCAGGUAUACCCGCAGAACCCAUCUCCACAGCAUGCCCAGAAUCAACCUCAUGGUGGAGUGGCUUCACCUCUGCAUCAACAGAACCAAUACCAACCUCAAGAUAUGAGCCAUAUAUCGUCUCCCAGACGAAACUCAAAUCCCUCACAUACUCAAUUCCAAGACUUCGGACUCCCAAGAACAAAUUCAAAUUCCAACCAAACACCCUACUCUCAGGGCCAUCACCCACCGGGAACAAUCCCCCCACCAGUUCCCCAAAAGGAGCCCAGAACAGAAGCUGGACGCUCAAUCCCUCAACGCACACAAAUACAAAAUGGUUCCCACUACGAAAUGGAAGAUACAUCACCCGUCCACGCCCCACAAUACCCAGAAGGAACAGAAUAUCGCAAUUCUCCGCCUAGGCAAGGUUACAUAACCACGGACGGUACGUAUACAAACCAAAACGAGAACCAGGCCCCAGGAUAUGAUCGAAGAUUGAGUGCAGGUCAUAUCGCGCGUGAUGGGUAUCCGACGCAUGUGGGAAAGGGCCACACUGGAUAUCAAGAUAACGACCCGGAAGUGGAUCCUGUUACUCCAAUUUCACCACCGUCGGCUGGAAGUCACAGUGGGGUAUACGGCGAGUCAUAUCCUACGAACACACAUGACACACCAGGUUAUCCAGACCCCUCGGUUUCUCCUCAUUACACACAUCAUGUACCUCAACAAUCCACAGAUACCAAGCCCACUCGCAGCAGCAUUAGCAGUGCCAUACGAGGUAUUCGCGGUGCAUCUGAAGCUCUACGGGGAACUGUGAAUCAGGGAAUAGCAAGGGGUGUUCGUGACAAAGAAGAAGAAGCGAGGAUGCGUGCUGUGAGGGAGCAGGGGUUGGAAGAAUUGAAGGAAAGUGGUUUGAGAGAAGGGUUCCGGCAGAAAGCAGAGGAGAGACAGAGGAGGAGAAGUCGUGAUCGGGGGUACAAUGGGAUCUAUGGAAGUGAAGGACCUGGUGGUCUUGAUCCAGUGGAGGAGAGGAGUGUUAGGAGUUUGGAGGGUAGAUAGUGAAUUGGUGUUUUCUUUUACUGGGAUAAGGAAUGUACCUAGGACUUAUGUUGCUAUGAUGUUAUGAUUAUGUGUAGC